AUGUCUAAACAAGUACCAAUUGUUGAAUGCUCAUCUGCAAGUCCAUUGGUAGAGACUGAAAUUGAUGGUAUUAUUGGUGAAGAAUUUAAUGCUAUAGAGUGUGAUAGUGAUGAUGGGAACAAUGAAGUUGAUGGUUCUACAACUCACUUUCAUAGGCACUUGACUAGUUAUCUUCCGCACGUAGCUGCUUCUAAGAGGCAAAAGGUUUUGACUAUAGACAUGAAUGGUCCUAAAUGUGUGAAUGUAGUAAAAAAUUUCUCGUAUGAUAUGAAAAAGUUGCAAUUACCAAGUAAGAAACUUUUUUUGGAUGUUCCUAUCCGAUGGAAUAGCACUUACCUAAUGCUAGCUAUAGCCUUAGAAUUUAGGGAAGUCUUUCCGAGAUAUGGAGAUAGAGAUCAAGGUUUUAAUUAUGUUCCAAGUGUUAAGGAUUGGACCAAAGUGGAAAAUGUCUGUCAAAUUUUGGCAGUUUUUAAUGAGGUGACAAACAUUAUCUCAGGAAUCAAGUAUCCAACUACUAACUUAUUCCUUCCUGAGGUAUGGAGAAUAAAAGAGGUGUUGAACAAGAAGUCUCUUGACCAAAAUGAUUGCAUACAAGCAAUGGUUGUGAAGAUGAAUACAAAAUUUGAUAAAUAUUGGGAGGAAUGUAACUUGCUUAUGGCAGUGGCUACCGUUUUGGAUCCAAGGUUCAAGAUGAUGCUGGUUCAAUUAUGUUUUCUAGUAAUAUAUUCAGAACCAGAAGCCACUAGAAACAUAGACACCAUCUUGAGAAUCUUAUAUGAGCUGUAUGAUGAGUAUGCUGAAGAUUAUAAUUUAGCUAAUGUAGAGUUAAGUGGACAUGAAAAUGCUCGAGACAUAGGUUCUUCUUGUAGUGGUUCUAUCAAUAUUGUGAGGAAGAAUGUGAUGAGUGGCAAGUCUAUGUUUGAAUCAUUCGUUAGAAGGAAUGAUACCAUUCAUCCAGUGAAACCUGAUUUGGAUGUUUACUUAGAGGAAGGUGUCUAUAUUUGUAGUGAGGAUUUAGAUUCACGUUGUGAUGCUUUGGAGUGGUGGAAGGUCAAUGAUCUAAAAUACCACAUUUUAUCUAAGAUGACACGUGAUAUUUUGUCAAUUCCAAUUACUACAGUGGCUUCAGAAUCUACAUAUAGUGCUGGUGGUAGAGUAAUUGAUCCUUAUCAUGCAUUAAUGUCUGUUGAAACAGUAGAAAUGUUAUUAUGUAGAGCUAACUGGGUUCGGGUACUUCAUGGCUUGAAAAAAUCAUCGAAUGUUGAUGGUGAUUGGUAA